UUUCAGUGCUCUGCUCACUGAAGUUUGCGCACGUAGUGUAAAUUUCCGUCGUCAUUUCGAGUUUCCUUGGUGAUAGCUGUGUUUUUCCUACCGCUGUGUACUGAAUUUUAGGGGCAUAUGUUCCGUGCACUCUGAUUGGCUGAAAUUUUUCCGACCCUAUUCAAGGUGGGGGGAAAAUUUCGCAUCAUGACAUGGCCAACUGUCCUUAUUGCGUUCGACAGGGGUUUGGUCCCUGGGUAGAGACAGCCCCACGGGACGAAGGCAGGUCAGUCUUCACCAUGUUAGACUGUUCGCUAUCAGUGCUGUGUUUAUUAAAACAAAAAUUUGUAACUGUAACUGUGUUAUCUUGAUAUGACUGUGGGACCGCUGUGGUCAUUCUCCUCCUGUCGCUCCGUCCCUUCUGUUAUUCUAGUCUAGUCGAUCUAUAUUCUCUCAUGAGAUCAUUGCGUAGCCCCAAGUAUAUCCGUGUAGGGCGGCCCACUAGUUACAGAUGUGUUGGAAUUGUUUGACAUUUUUACGCGGGGGUGGGAAGUGCACUCGUCCUUCGCCUUGGGUUCAACAUUAUCCAACACCCGCCCUGCUGAGGCGACACGCAAUACGGAGAGAAAGACCCACAUAACCCUUUUCCCCUGCACAAAGAGACUUCGGCAACAUCGCAGGGUUUAUGGAGAGAGUCGCGAUUGGCUAGGGCAUGUCACAUGCUCAAGGACUUUCUGCUGUUUUUAACGCACGUCGUAGCCGCUUUCUCAGCGAUGCACACGAGCGACCUACUUCAGGACGGGACACGCAGGCCUGUCUGUAAAGUGGAUAAUUUGAUGUAAAAAAGAUUACGAUCCUGUUGACAGAAAGAUAGUCUCUUAGCAGAGAUAUGGCUGAUGAGACAGGUGCCAGUGACCCAAUGGUCAGCCCUCAAACCAACACAACAUUCAACUUUCACAGCAGAUGUGCUAGCAUCCUGUACACUGUAUUAAAAUGGUGUCGAAACAAUCUGCUGCUGGUGCUGACCAUAGUGGGAGUGAUCUUUGGAAUCAUCUUUGGCUUUGGGCUGAGAGCUGUUAAUCCAUCAGCAGAUGCCAUCAUGCUUGUGUCUUUCCCUGGGGAUCUCUUGAUGCGUAUGCUGAAGCUUCUCAUCUUACCACUUAUCAUCUCUAGCAUGAUAACAGGCCUGGCUUCUCUGGAUGCCAAAAAUAGUGGACGAAUGGGACUGCGAGCUAUCGUCUAUUAUUUAACAACCACCUUCAUUGCUAUUAUUCUUGGGAUCGUUCUUGUGGUUAUCAUCCAUCCUGGAGACACAUCAUUCAAGGAGGGUUUGAAGCUAGAAAAAGAUGACAGCAAAUCUGCCUCUUCUUUGGAUUCUUUCCUAGACCUCAUCAGAAACAUCUUUCCUGAGAACUUGGUGCAAGCCUGCUUUCAGCAUACAAAGACUGUCUACACAAAGAGUGUUGCAAUGGCAAAGGAUAUUCCAGAUAAUAUCACUGAUAUCAUCAAUAUUACAUUGGCUGCCACAACACAUUCUAGCAUCUUGACAACUAUCACUGUCAACAGUACAGAUGGCACAAAUGUCACACUUGUAUUGGCCAAAGAGCAUGAGAUCAAAUGGGUACGAGAGUUACCCAUGGCUGAUGGCAUUAAUGUGUUGGGUGAGCAUUAUGUUUCAAAAUCCAUAAAAUGUAAACUUUUAUCUCUUGAAGACCCAGCCAGAGUCGGUCAGAUGCUUGUAUCUGUAUAUGGUCACUGUUGUGUUGGACUUUUCCUGCAUACUGAUUUUGUCGUGUUGCCACUCAUCUAUUUUGUCAUCACUCGCAAGAACCCUUUGAGAAAUCUUCAUCGGCAUUUUGCAGGCCUAUUUACUGCCCUGGGAACUGCCUCCAUACUGCACAACUGUGUCUGUGACUUUUCGCUGCUUGAGGAAAAUCUCAACAUGACUAACGUGGAUCGUUUCCGUACAGCAACCAAUGUACUUGGUGACAGUUACGGAGCAGGUGUAGUAGCCCACUUGUGCCGAAAAGAACUAGCAGAAGACAAGCAUGCUCCUUUAGAGGUUCAUGAUGAAGACCCUACUGGCGACACAUUUGAACUUUGGGAAAAUGGAAAAAGGAUGGCAGAUGAACAACCUGUUGCAUAAUUUGCUUAUAUAUGCCAUUCAGUCACAGCCAGUAAAAUACUGGUAUUGGCAUCAGUGUAACCUGUUAAAUCUAUAUUUGCAUAUGAUGACAUCAUUCAACACAUUACGACACUAGUCACCCUCUAGGAAGGGUCCUUACUUCACUUUGAUUCUUAAUAUUUGAUGUUGACAAAUUUCUCUUUCACUUGGCAUUUAGCCAGCUUAUUCAUUGGUAUUGUUCUGAACCUUUUAAAAGCUGGAACUAUUGUCUUUGAUGUAUAUUCUACUACUGUUUUAUUGUUUUACACAAAAAAGGAUCUUAUGGCCAGCAUUCAACUAUACUGUCUGCUACUUCAAAUUAUUAAAAUUAGAAAUUCUAAUCAGCUCUGUCAACAUUUUUAAAAUAUGGCAGAUGGAUGACAAGAAUUUAUAUAAAACAUCUGAGGCAUUAAGAAUGCAGAUAUGUAAUACAGGUAUGUAGUGUACAAGCUUUAUUAUGAGUAAGGUAGUGUUAGUUACUGAGUGCUUUGACAUUAAUCUUAUUUGAGAAAUACCCUAAUUUUUCGCUGCAAUAAUGCAGUUUUUGAUAUGCUUCUUUCUCUAAUAUCUUCCUUCGUUACUCCUUUGCUGUAGAUAUUUUGCACCUACUGACCACAGGGAAAGCAGAACUGCAGAGGGUACAGUGAGCCAAAGUUUGCGAACAUUGUGCAACAUUAAAAUAUCCUGAGCCAACUGUGCUGAAGCAGUGCAUUAUCUGUUUUCCCUUAUGUCAGAAGAGUAGUAUUCGCUUAUGAUAAAUUCCAGUGUAAUCAUGGCUGCAGGUGUAUUUGUCUAAUUGAUAAAAAUCCCUUAACUAUUAUUUUCUUUGUUUUAUGGCAUAUGGAGUUGGUUCAUGCUGCAUGUCACAAUAUGCAAAUAAGGUCAUAACCCUUUUGGAGGACAGCCUCCACCUCUUAUGUUUCUCAAUGUUUACAGCAAAGGUUCUUGUCAGUUUAUUUUUUCAUAGUAUAGAUUAAUCUGGUCUUAAUCUCAUUAGUAACCAAUAAAAGUGCACCUUAUCUAGUCAGGACUUAUCCCCUUUUUAUGAUAUAUGGAGGAUAGUAAUUACUGUAAAGUGUAAAGCGAGUUGAUCAGUAAUGAGGGAGAAUGGUGGUAUUGUUUUAUUUCAAGCCAAGGCUAUAUAAUGGCAAAGCAGUCACCCAUGUAAACAGGUGGCAUAUGCAAAGCAUGCCUGAGACAAGAUCUGAACCCUGGAUAGCCAAUUUUCACUAUAUUGGUGACAGGUGCUAACUCGACCGCCUCAAAAUAGUGGUGAAUCUACAUUAACAAGCAACCAUGUAAACUUAUUUUAUAUAGCCUACUCCAGUUUUCGACUGGCAACUGGCAUUGACUCUAGUCCUCAAAAAUUAGUUAAUAAUUAAUUACCGUGACCAUAUUCUUGUUGUGACCAUCAAAACUCAAGUUUACAAGUUAUAUAUAUCUUAUCAUCAUCUCGCAUAUCUCAGUUCAAAAAGAAUAUGAAAUGUAACACUUCAUUAAUGACACUUAAUGUGCUGUUAUAAUAACUCAUUUUUAAAAAUUAUUUUCCUGAUAUACAGUGAAGAGUACAAGUUUGUCAUCUUCAGGAAAGUUUUGGGAUAUUUAUAUUGAUGAAAUGAUUGCCAUUUACAUUUGUACCCUAAAAUUUCUCAUGCAUUUUUAAUUGUAAACAGUUAUGUUUGCAGUGUUUAAGGAAUGAAACUAUUAGUUUUGCUUUGUUGGGUCUGUUCGACCUUUAUUACAUAAAUUUAGGAUUUGUUCCUAGUUUUAGUUUUCUGAGUAUGCAUUUGCAGGUUCCCUAAGGAGAUAUUUUUCAGUGAAAUUGUGGUAUUAAGAGAAUACCAUAGCUUACAGGGGCAGCCAUCAGAGGUUUUUUCUGGGUACUUUAUCUCCCCUGAAAUCACCUUUAGGUGGAAGCACUUUCCCACCAUUCCAACCAACCAAGCAGUUACUCCAGAGAUCUUUCUGUAAACAAAUCCUUUGCUAAUGGACUGUUUGCUCGUGAUCACAUAAAUGUCCAUGGCAUGCUGUGUGGUCUGAGAGGGAGUAGCCAUGUAAUAACCGGCAGAGAGAAGAGUCAUAUAGCCAGCAAUAAAAAUAAGAUAACAAGAGAAAUACAGAAGUGAAGGUAAAGGAAAUUUUUUUAGAUGACUUACCCACUAGGGUAAAUGAGGUGGAAAUAUUUAAUAAAUGGUGAAGAAAUACUGAAAGAAUUUUACAUGUUUCUUAAUAUGUCUUGAGUGUUAAAAUAUAAGACCAGAGAUAAAUUAGAGUUUAUAGCAGUUAUUUAUCUUUCAAGAAAAUUAUGGAACAUAAGUUUUACUGACAUUGCUCAUAGUGAAAGGUGAGCAAGAGAAGCACUAAAAUAUUAUCAUAGUCUCUGUGACUGUGUGUUGUGUGAAUAAGUUGUUCUACAUUUGUAGCAGAAUGUUUCUUUUGUAUAACCUGACUAAAGCCAAAGAUAGCUGCAAAUUAAAUGAAACUUUACUAAAAUAGGAAAAUAUAAUGAGACAAAUAAAGAGCGGAUUUUUCUGCAUUUGUAUACACAAAUGCAGUCUUAAAAAAUUUAAUGGUUUUAAAAGAAAAUGACUUAUUGCAGAAAAAAAUAAUGGCAUGAUUAUUUUAUUUGAAGUACACCAUCUACAAUAUUGAAUAACUAUUGGGACUCCCUGUAGGGAAAAAAUAUAUGUUCACGAAGCUACAAUCAUGAGAUUAAUAUUUAUGCUGUGGAAGUUGUGAACUUGUUGUUUAAUUGUAUUCACAAUUGUUUUUAUUAAAUAGUUAAUAAUAGUGCUGAAAAAACAUAGAAGGUGGAACCCAUGUAUUUUUGGCAUUCUGUACUGCUAAGGAACUUAGGAUGUAUAGAUGUAAAUAUCCCACCCACCAUCACUGUAUGUCCCAAAAUUUGGAGUUACCAUAAACAUUUACCAACUGUUGUUACAGAAUAGUGAUUACUGCUAAUGUAAAUGAAUAGGUACUUAAAAUAUUUACUUCUUAGUUGAUGAGUAAUAUUGUAAAGUAUUUACCCACAGCACACAGUUUGCUGAUCUUAGUAUCUGUACAAUUAUUGAUGACAUGAUUUCUGCCCUAGGUAAAUUAACAUUUUUCAUUUUGCGAAGAACAUUAUAUGAAUAGCUACAGAUAUUAACAAUGAAUACACCUGACUUGUUUUGCAAUGUUUCUACUCAGAUUCUCAGGGUUGUUCAAAAAUAAUGCUUAGACUUGUUGAUCAAAGCACAACACAAAAUUUUGUUAACAAAUUUACCCAUUUUGCCCAUAGUAAAAUGGCAUUUUGUCAUGAACCAGUUGUUUUUAGGCCAGGACUAAGUAUGCGGAUAAGUCACAGUAUGUUAAUCGAGAGAGAAGGGUGUUUUGGAAGUUAAUCUUUCUACUCUCAUCAUGAUCUACACUCCCGCCUUGAAAUCCAGUUUCCCUUUUUCAGUGGCUCAGGGUGCUUUAUGAUAAGAUUUGACCGCCAGCAGAGUUGGGCUACCCGGUUAGAUUUUAGAAGUAUAGCGCAAUGUGCAGUGUUAACCAGGUAAAAAAUCGAUGACGUCCAGGUAAUAACAAUUGGUAGGGCAAUCGGGAAACUAGUGAACUGUUGUCUAAAGGACGCAAUCCAGUAUAUAUAUAUAUACAUUUUUAUUUUUUUUAAAAUCUCAUUUGCUAGAGAUAGCAUUAGUAAUUCCAAAGCUAUAUACAUAUUUAACCGUAUUAUUUCUUUUUGUGUUCAAUCUGCUUAACUCUAUCGUAAUACUAAUUCGAAUCAUCUCCGUAA